CGUGUACAAAUUAUUUUCUAUUGUCAUGAUAAAACCACAGUUUCAGUCGAAAUUUUAACAUUGUCAAGAUACAACGUGUUUAUUUCAUCAAAAAAAAAAAAAGAAAAAGAAAAUUCAUCAAGAACAAGUCUUUCACAUACAUUAUUAUUUUUAUUUUCAACUUCACUUAUUUUUAACGUUGAUUAAGCCUUACAAAAACAUUUUACAAAAAAAAAAUAUAUAGAAAAUCUAUUUAUUAAUUGUUGUCAAAUGAGCAACAAAGAAACUAAAAAUAUGCCUGGAAAUGAAAUGAAAAAAGAUGAUGAUAAUGUUGUUCAACAAAUUGAUAAUCAAACUGGAACAAAACCAAAACGAAAAUCACGUUCAUCACGUCGUCGUUUGAAUGCAAUGAUGAGUAAUGUCUCAUUGCAUUUUUCUGACACAGAUUCAGAGGGUGAAUUGCCAACAGUUGUAUUACCAAAACGUAAUUUAAGUCCAGCAGCAAAGAGAUUAUUAAAUAAAGUUCCAGAACCACCAAUGAUAUCAGUGACUGUUGAAAAUGCUGAAGGUGAAACAGUUGAUUCUCAUUGGGAUGGUUUUGGUGAAAUUGAAAAUAACACACGAAGAAAUAGUUUUGCUGAAAAUUUAACAGACGUUGAUGAAAUUUAUGGAAGUGAAGGUGAUACAGCAAAGCCAUCUGUAAAAGGUUUAUCAGUUAUUGAAAAUUCAUGUCAAGGUGAAACUGAUCUUGAGGAUUUAUCAAAUGACGAUGGUGAUGAUGAAGAAACAAAUAUUAUCAUUGAGGCAUCUAGUGUUGAUAUUUUUCAUGAAUUUGGUGGUGGUGGUACAACAACAACAAAAGAAGGUGAUGGACCAUUUUCAAAUGAAGUUAGACAACAAAUGUCAUUUGAUGAAGGUGAUGAAACAACUCGUCAACCAUUUUCCAAUCAUAUUGUAUUUCCAUCUGGACCACCAACUGAUUGUGAAGACUAUGAGGUUUCAGAUGAUGACGAAGACGAUGAUUUUAAUGGAGCAUGUGGACAACAUAAUAAUUCUUUUCAUAAUUUUGAUUUUCUUGCUAAUUCACAAGUUGAAAAUAUUUCUAAAAUGACAAAUUCAUUGACUGUUCCGGAUCUGACUGAAGAUGGCUUGAGCGAUGGUCACACUGAUGUUGAAGAUUUUGAAUAAAUUUUAAUAAACGAAAAAUCGAAAUUAUAAUGAUGAUCAUGAAAUUUUUAUGUUAAAUAUAUUUCGUUUGUAAUAAUGUCGUUUCUUUUUGCACUGAAAAAAAAAUUUGAGUGACUGAAUAUCUCUCUCAAUUAUUUAUCUGUACUCUGCAUAUUUAUUUGUGUUAGUUAAUAAAUUGAUGUCAAUCAUAUACAAUGUCAUAAACAACAAAAAAAAUAUCAAUAUAAUUCAAUUAGCAAUCGAAUGCUCUCUUUAAAUUUUCCAUAAAAAAUCAAUUCUAUCAUUUCGAAAUAAUAUUUUUUCAUCAAUAAAUCAUUUAUUUAAUUUUGUUUCUCUGCGGAUGAGCAAUGAUAAUUAUCAAAGCAAUAUUUAUUUUUAAUAUUAAUUGCAGAAAAAUAUGCCGUCCUCAACAUUGUCAUUGACAAGAAAAUGGGAUAUUGAAUCAGUGCUUUAACGACGUCCACGUUAACAAUAAGCCAAAUUUAAAAAUUAUUAUUUACUUAUUUUUAAAAUAUACAGUUAAAAAAAAUCAAUUCAAUUAAACUCUUUAUUUUUCUUGUGUAAAAUUUAAAUAUAUUAUAUUUAUGAAAAAAAAGCAAAAUAAUCAAGAAUAUUAAUUCAAAAUGAGUUUUAAAAUUUUUUAAAAUAUAUAUUUAUUUAUUAUAGUAUAUAGUUGUUGUUGUUUUUGUUGUUGGAAUUGAUGAAAAGUCUACUGUUGUAACUAAAUGUACCUAAAAUGAAAAAAUGGUUAUAGAAAAAAAAUAAAAUAAUAAAGAAAAUAUAUGAACACACAUGCAGACAAUAAAAAAUAUUUGUGUUAAUAAAUUGAUAAAUUGAAAAAAAAAGAAAAAAAAAAUCAAG